CGAGGCUGGGCGAGCCCAACUGUGGGAAAGUAAACUCAGAGGAAGGGGGCGGGGCUUAAUGCUGUUUGGACGAGACCAUCACGGCCCUUGAGAUUAGAGGGGGGGGUUGGUUGGGCGCGUGUUCGACCCCGUUAUGGCUGCCGUGAAGAUUGGGAUCAUCGGGGGAACGGGUCUGGAUGACCCCGACAUUCUGGAGGACCGGCAGGAGAUCCACGUGGACACUCCCUAUGGGAAGCCGUCCGAUGCGAUCAUCUCGGGCCGAAUGGGGCCCGUGCCGUGCCUGCUUCUCGGCCGCCACGGGCGAGGCCACUCGCUGCCGCCGUCCCGCAUCAACUACCGCGCCAAUCUGUGGGCCCUGCGAGCCGCGGGCGCCACGCACGUCCUCGCCACCACGGCCUGCGGCUCCCUCCGCGAGGACAUCCGGCCCGGCGACCUCGUCUUCCUCGACCAGUUCAUCGACCGGACGACAAAGCGGGAGCAGACCUUCUACGACGGCGCGGGGGGCAGCGCCCCCGGCGUGUGCCACAUCCCCAUCGCCGAGCCGUUCUGCCCGCGUCUGCGCCAGGCGCUGGUGGCGUGCGCGCGCGAGCUGGGCGUGCGGGCGCACGCCGCCGGGACGGUGGUGACCAUCGAGGGGCCGCGCUUCUCGAGCCGCGCCGAGAGCCGCCUGUUCGGCGCGUGGGGGGCGCACGUCGUGAACAUGACGAGCGUGCCCGAGUGCGUGCUGGCGCGCGAGCUGGCGCUGCCCUACGCCGCCGUCGCCAUGGUCACCGACUACGACUGCUGGAGGGACGGCGACGAGCCGGUGAGCGUGGAGAAGGUGAUGGCCACGUUCCGGCAGAACGCCGCCAAGGUGACCAGCCUGCUGGUCACCGCGGUGCCGUACAUCGCGGCCCAGGACUGGAGCCGGACCCUGCAGGAGCUCAAGGAUGGCGCCGAAGCCUCGGUCAUGCUGCCCAAUCACUGAAGCCCAUCGCGCGCCUGUACACCAUUUACACGAGAGAAACCCCUCUCCCAGGCUUUUCCCCCCGCUGCGCUUUGUUCUCGGGGUCAAAUUUAGUUCCUUGGAUGCCGCCGAAAAGAUUAACCCUCUCGCGUUGCUCCGAUUUUGACGCGCGUUGAACGUCGUCGGGAAAUAUAAAUACAAAUUAAAAAAAAAAAUGUCAAAUCGACUUUAUCGGUACGUCGCCAGGGUUCGCGAAGGUGCCGUACCGAGGCUCCCGCAAAGGGCCUAAAGCAGUGCUUUUGGCGCCGGCUGUCGUAGAGUGGCGGCGGUCGUGCCGCUGCGGUUCUCCGCGGGGUGAGUAGCGAUGUCUUUGCGAAAACAACGGGGCACGACUCCUGCUACGACUACUACUACUACUACUUCUAUAUAAAUUUAAUGCCAAACCCGCGAGCACGUGACACCGGGACCCACACAGCCCCAACCCCUGCGACUUUUGCGGACGUCUCGGACGUGGUGUUGAGAGGGUUAAAGACUCGAAAGCCUCUCGGUUAGAUUUUUGUUUCGUUGCACAUUAAGGCAAGCGCUGUUAAUCUCGUUUUUAAAAAAAUGCAACGCUCUUGAUCCGCUGCUGGAUGCAGGCCUUGCGAUGUCACGCGUCGAUCGUGAAGGGCGUUUUGGUCAUACUUCACCGCGGAGUGGGGAGGGCGGCGGUGGUGGUGGUGGUGGUGGGGAGAGGGGGCGGCUGUGGCGUUGGCGUGCCCCCCGUUUGUGCAGGGCGCAGCUCUGCGCGUGUUUUUCCUCGCUGCCGACACCGCGGUAAUAUUUUGGUCCGAGUCGACCUAGGCGAGGGGGUGGGUAGGGGACUCCACCCUCCUCCCACACCCCCCCAUGUUAUGGGCGACACUGCAUGUCUGUAGCCUUCCGAUCCAGGGACUCUCCUCCACUUAUAAACACUCUACUUGAGAUACGAACAAACCUGGUCUGUACGUCCAAGUUGCCUGUUGGGACCGUGUUCAACCGCCGGGCAAUUGAUGGCGGUGGUGGCAUCUACAUCUGCGGAACAUGAACCAGUGGCAUCUACAUAAAGCCAUUUCCCCGUGUACAGUGUAUACGCAGUAUAACCCAUUUUGAAUUGACCGAGAGUAAAGUUGGAUGUACGAACAGACCCGUGGAACCUAACUCGUUGGUAAGUAAAAGGAGUCGCCGUAUUUGGAAGCCGCUGGAGCUCUUUAACUUCAAAUCGAGAUUGAAAACUCUUUUCUUUCGAAACUGCUUUUUGUGCCUUUUCGUCUGUCGUCCUCCCCCCCCCCCUCAACCACCCGCGCACCUACAAUUAGCACGGUUGGCUACGGUACGGUGACGCGAAAUGAAGUUCAACGUACGUGGACUUGCGUAGCCAGGGUGUUGAACCUGGUUGUCGGUGUCGUAGCGGCGCUUGUACCGCUAACAACAGCGACAGCCAACGUAGUCCAGCCGCGUAAGAAGAAGAAGAAGAACACUUGCUGAACGCGACUUCGUGCGCCGUUCAUGGAAUGCGUUUUUUAAAUUCCACCCCCUCCGGCCACUUGAGGCCCACCCCCCCGCAAUCAUUCCAAAGGAAAAAUACUUGAAUCGUCUGUGUGCGUGUACGUUGAACUUUUUUUGCACCGUACGUAGCCAACCGUGGUCAUCGGAGGUGUAGGGGAAGGACGACAAACUAUGGCUCUGCGCGAGUCUAUGGCUCUCUGCGCGAGUCUAUGGCUCUCUGCGCGAGUCUAUGUACGGUUGAACUUCUUUUGCACCGUACGUAGCGAACCGUGCUAAAUCGGAGGUGGUGGGGGGGGGGGCUUGACAACAAACUCGCACACAAGGCAGUUCAAACGAAAUUAGUUUAAAAAAAAAAUCUCGAUCGAUUUUUAAAAGUGCGUAGCUCCCGUGGCUUCAUUAAUUAUUUUGACAGGUUCAUUGAAUUGUUCAAAAGUUUAAGACUUAACCGUAUUGAUCAAACCCAUUGCACUACAACCUGGUUAAUGUGCCUGUUAAAAAACGGGCCAACGCUUUCCUUUAACAAUUCCGCUUAUUUGUACCAAUGGUCGGGGUUCGUGAUUAUUUUGUGCGCUGUCAAAAUAAAGAUGGCCUCUGAUUUCACCACUCGC